AUGUCUUACAGUCCGCGAUACGUACGGCCAACUAAGGCCAGUAAUUUGCGGGCAUUGGCCAACAACUUGAGGGCUUCGAAUGAAAUUGCUCCCUCUGUGGCUGGGGCACGCUCACAGUCGCAGUCACCCAGCAGCCGAUUCGGUGUGUCGCGCAGCAUCUACACGGUCCGUGACUCUCGCAGUCGCAGCAGGAGCGUUUUCUCAAUGCCAAAUCAAGGCAAGUUCUCGGAGUCGUAUUCGGGUUCCUUUAACGAUCACACGACGGAGCCAGAGAGGUCCAGAGAACCCAGGAGGAGCCCCCAAGCCAGAUCCCACCUGAACACCCUGGCCGAGUCGCGUGCCCUGAGUCGUGCAACGAGCCUGGCAACCAGUCUGGCCAUCGAAGGUGGUGGCAAAUCCCAGCUGCGUACCGUCCAGACGCAGUACCAGAAGCUGCAGACUCUUCAAUCGGAAUUUGUGGAAUCGCUGAAGUCAUUGGAUCCGGAGGACUCCAAGCUGAUUGGAACGUACAGCUUUGUGGUUCUCGGCAAGGAUGAAUCGAACCGUUUGGCCCAAAGUUUGCCGGCGGAGAGUGUGCAGGAUCUGAAGGAUCGCUGUCAGGCGGCCGUCGAUUCGGGAUUCAUGCUGCUCUACGAUCACCUGGAGCCCAUCCAGAUGGCCAGGGACGAGUUCGAGGCGUGCCAUCGCAAAGAGCAGCUGAAAGUUAAGCUGAAGGAUCUUCUGAGCCUAAAGAUGGAGAACAUUGUCGAGAGCAUUGAUCAGCUGUGUGUGACACCUGUCGGCCCACAGGCAUCACCCAACAGCCAUCUGUACCGCGACAUUGGCUGGCUGCGGCGGCAGAAGCAGCAAAUGGAGUCGCGGUUCCUGCAGCUCAACAAGGAUCACAGCGAGCAGCUGAACAGGCUCAAGGCGGAACUCGAGGCAAAGCUGCAGGCUGGCGAGGAGCACUGGCAGCAGACCCUGGACGAGCUGAGGGAGCGGCUGCGGCGCAGCGAGGUGCAACGAAAGGAAAACGCCUGCCAGCUGGCCGUACAGAAUGCUGCCAUGACGGCCAAGGACAGCACCAUCGCCUCGUUGCAGGCGGAUAUGAACAAACAAAUCUCUCGCAACAUGGAGCUGAAUCAGGUGGUGAAGGGUUCGGAUGGUGCGCUGCUCUUCACACAGAAAGAGCUGGAGAAGAGCAGGGAGCAUAUUGCCUAUCUGGAGGAGGAGCUGAAUGAGGGACGUCAGCUCAUAGACGAGCUACAGCAGCAGCAGCGUCCCGCUGCAGAGGAUAUCGAUCAGGUCGUGGAGGAGAAGGAUCGCAUCAUAGGCGACUUGCAGCUCAAGGUGCAGGAUCUGUUGCAGCUGCAGGCCGUGCACGAGGAACACGAGCCAAAUACUCUGCAGCUGGACACGCAGAUCAGGUGA